AUGGAUAGCAAUGAGAGUGAUGUCUCUCAAUUAAAUAAAUCAAAGAAUGAAGCAAAUAAUAAUAAUAAUGAAAAACAAAAUGAUAAUAAAAAUAUAGAGCAAACUCAAAAAGAAGAAAUUGCACCAAAAACAGAAACUAAUAAACAAAAUUUAAAUAAUAGCAAUGAAAACAAUAAUUCAAUUAGUCUCGAAGCUAAACACCUUGAGAGUGAAACAAAAAAUAAUAAUGAAAAACAAAAUGAUAAUAAAAAUAUAGAACAAACUCAAAAAGAAGAGGUUGUACCAAAAACAGAAACUAAUAAACUAAAUGUAAAUAAUAGCUAUGAAAACAAUAAUUCAAUUAGUCCCGAAACCAAAAACCUUAUUUCCACCAUUGUAAAUAUAUCUAGUAGUAAUCCUGUAGUACAUGCAGAUCAAAAUAGUAAACCCAAUAUUGAAAAAAAUACUCAUAAUACAACUCAAGCUGUAGUAAACGCAUCAAAUAAUACAACUCGUUUGAUUGGGGAAGUAUUAGAUAAAAAUAAAAAUAAUAAUAAUAAUAAUAAUAAUAAUAAUAAUAAUAAUAAUAAUAAUAAUAAUAAUAAUAAUAAUAAUAAUAAUAAUAAUAAUAAUAAUAAUAAUAAUAAUAAUAAUAAUAAUAAUAAUAAUAAUAAUAAUAAUAAUAAUAAUAAUAAUAAUAAUAAUAAUAAUAGCAAUAAUAACAGCAAUAAUAAUGAUAAUAAAACUAGUACAACCACAACAACCAAUAAUAAAAAAUAUUUAUUAGAGGAUCCGAAUAAUUUUCGUGCCAUAGUAAAAAUUAGUUUGGGCUAUUUACAUAACAAAGAAAAAUCAGCUUGGGCGAACAUAGAGCAAGAGAAACAAAAAGGUUUUUUUUCAUCAUUAAUUAGUUUUUUUAUUCCAGAUCAUUUCUUUGAUCCUAUAGACAAAGAUUGGAUAAAAAAUCAACAAAAGAAAUCAAAAGUUCAAUUCUUGGAUAAACAAUUACAUAAGGAAAAUCCGCAUAGAUCUAUGUGGUAUUACAUUGUUCACCAUGGGUACAAGUUUGAACAGGAUACAGGCGAUAUUCUUUUGGAGUUAUCAGAAUCAUUAAAUUCAUCGGGUAUUCCAUUGAUGCCAUAUUCCAUUAUAGCAGUAAAAGAAACUUAUACCACAUUCUUCAAUACUCUCACUGGAAAUGAAAGAACAAAUAUAGAUUUAAUUUUUUAUUUCACUCUUAGUUAUCCUUAUGUUUUAACAAGUGCAUAUAUCAAAAUAUUGCUUUCUUAUUACUUUAUUUCCGAUAAAUAUCAAAAAACAAAGUUUAUGGAUAUGUUUUCUCAUAUUCCUGAUAAUCAUCAAGCUCUUUUUGUUAAAUACGUUACUAGAUUUUUAAAAGAUAACCCUGAUAUUACAAUAUUCCAAUUUUUCUUUGAACUUUUAUCAAGUUGUAGACCUGUAAAUGGUAAAGGACCGGUUUUCAAUGAUUUAAAGAGUAUAACCAAUGAUGAAGAAGGAACAUAUUCAGACCCUUUUAAGAGUUUGUUAGUUGCUUUCCAAACUCAAAAGUUAAAGCAUUUAUAUGUAAACGAAAAGGCUAAAGCAAUCGUUACUAAAUUGUUUGCUACAUACCCUACGCUAUAUCAAGUUUUAAGAGAUUUUCAAGAGUAUUCAAAAGUUGUUGAAUCCUUAGAUUUAAGUUAUCUUUCUGAUAAAUUUUUAGGUGCUCAGCCAGAGGAUUUUAACAAUCAAAUAUACAAAAGAGGUAAAAAAGAUUUUUUGAUAAGUUUGUUUGAACUCAAUGGUAAAAAUGCAAAUGUUUGUCAAAGAUAUGCAAUGGAGAAGAUAAAUAGAGUUUUGGAUUUGUUUGCUACAUUUUCAAUAUUGCACCCAGACCAUCAAUACCUUGAAUUUGCUCCAACCUCAUUGUCUUAUUACUAUGAACCAUUAAUUUCAGAUUUGGCCAAUAUUGAGAGUUCUUUUGAAUUCGAAAGAGAAAAGUUAAAAAAAAAUUAUUCACAAUUCUAUAAAUUAUGCGAACAUAUCAUUUUUGAAAUUACAAAGAAAGCUUCACCACAUCAAAACUUUUUCAACUUUUUCUCUUUAAGAGCCACAAGUCUACCUCUUUCCCUUUCUAUUUUAGCAAAUUAUUGCCUAAAGAAUGCAUUGGAUCAGGUAUCUAAAAACAGUGAUACUACUUACGCUCAAAAUCUUAUUUAUCGUUUUAAUAAUUUAAAAACUUUGGAAUGGGACGAACAAAUGGUUGAAUUUAUUCAAACUAAAGAGAUUAUUAAAGAAAAAUUUAUAGAGAUAGCUAAUAAGUAUUCUAAGGAAAUUGUAAAGUAUAAAAAAGAUUAUGAUACUUUAAAAGUAAAUUUAGAGCUUUAUUUCAACCACCAAGGUUUGAUGGAUUCAGAUCAACUUAUUAAAGAAUUUAGAGAAUAUUCAAAUGGAAUUGAAAGAUAUAAAAAAUUAGAGAAUUACUUAAAUCAAGAAUUUGGUUUCAAUAAAUUAGUGAGUGAAGGUACUCAUUGCUCACCAAAAGAUACUGUGAAAAGUUAUCUUAAACAUAUUCGUCAAACAAAGAUUGAUAAUUUCAAAACACCAUUAAAUGAUGAAUCCAUUAAAUUUAUGUUAUAUUUCAUUGUCAAAAACUCUAAAUUCUUUUUUGUGGUCUUCAGUCACUUUGUAAAAAAUGAUACCACCAAAGAUAUAAAUGCUGUUUGUCAAGAAUCACAAAAUUUCUUUGACUCUCUUGUGAAAAUGGAUACUCAAUCUAUCAAGUUGAAUUGUGAUAUGUUUAAGAAACUCUCAAGUAAAGAUAUUGAUUUAAGAUGUGAAAUAGAUUUAUUGUGUAAUUUUAAAACACCAGUAGAUAAUAAAAAGGUUCAAACUCACAUCAAGGUUGAACAAUUUAAAAAGUUUAUAGAGGAGGCAAUCUCUAUCUUUGGUAUUGAAUCAAAUAUCAAUGCAUUGUUUAAUUUCUUUGAUCGUUUCAAAAUCAUUAAAAUCGAAGAUCUCGAUGAAGCAAAACAAUCAAUUGAAAAGGCAUUACUCAGAGUAAAACUAAGUACAGAGGUUAAAUAUGAUGAUUCAAUCAAAAUUAAAAAAGAUAUAGAAAAAUCCAUAGGUCAAUUACAAUAUCAUCAAAUACCAUUCUUUAGUGUAAUUCAAAUGGAAUUGAUUGAAUUCUACUCAACUUUUAAAGAUAAUAAGGACUUCACAGAAAGAAAUAGAUUAAUUAGUACAAAUUUAAAUGAUGCUUUCUCAAGUAAUUUAAUUGAUUAUGCUGUUUUAACUUUUAGUAUUGUUGAACCAAUAGUAAUUGAAAAUCAAUCAUAUAAAGAUUCAUUAAUGAAUGAUUCCUCACAAAACAUAACAGCAACCUCACCACCACCACCAACAGUGCCAACAUCACAAAAAUCUUAUAAAUUUGGUAAUUUUUGUUCAGUUAUGAAAGAAUUAUUCCGUCAUCAUGAUAUGGAGGAUAUUAAUCAAAAGAUUCGUUUCCUUCAAGAUAAUAUGCCUCAAUUGAGAGCAUUAUAUUCAAGUGCAGGUGGUGCAUAUAGUAUUUCAACCAUUUUACCAAGAUUAAAAGAAAUGUUAACAGAUUCAAUCUUUAGUUCAAAUGUUAUUGGUAGUUCAACAUCAGUUUGGCAUAUUAAAGUAAAUGGUAUAGAAUAUUCCUCUGAAACAUUGGAUGAUUAUAUUCGUGGUUUGAAAUUGGCAAAGGUAAAAGAAGCUCAACGUGCUACCGUUGAUGAAUUUCAAAAAUUAUAUGAUGAACUUCAUUCAAUUUAUAAGAGUCACACAAUACUUUCAACAAAAAUGUUUCACUACGAAUUUUUAGAUAAAUUUAUAGAGUUGAAAAUUACACCAAACUUAAUGGAUGAUAUUAAAAAAUAUAACAUUGAAUUAAUUGAAAAAAUUAAAGAAUGGAAAGGUUUAAUUAAUUCAUUUUCAAAAAGAAUUAGAUUAUUAAGAAAUCAAGGUAUUUCAUCAUUAUUUACAAAGGUUCAAAAUUUCUUAAUUCAAGAGGAUGAAAUAAUUAUCAACAACAACAACAACAACAAUAAUAAUAAUAGAAAUAAAGAAUUAGUUUCAAUUGUUUCAUCAUAUAUUAAAUAUUGUUAUUCAAAAGUUUAUCAAUUAAAUAAUGAUACAAUUUUUAAAACAAUUGUUAACGCUCAAGAUCAAGGUAAAUUAAAUAGAAAUUUAUCAACUAAAGAUUUCAUUAUGGAGCUAUUUAAUUUAUUUGAUGAAACUUUUCAAGAUCAAGAUGAUAUUGAAGAUAGUAGUGAUGAUAGAGGUCCACAAUUUUAUCAUGUUCAAAAUAAAAAGAAUUUAGAUUUACUUAUAACUCAAAUGAAUUUAAUGGUAUUCCCACAUCCAAGUCAAGUUUUCUAUGGUAGUAAAUUUGGAAAUGAAUUUGAUGAUUUCAUUUAUUUAGUAGAGAAUGUAGUUGAUAGAGUAUUCUUUUUAAUCGGAUUACCAACAAAGAAAGAGUCAUUAUUAUCUUGGUUUGGAGAACAUUUUUCAAAUCAAACUUUAUCAAAAUUAGCAAGAGUUUACAUUAUAUCAUUUAGUCAAAAUGAUAAUUUCACAGAGUUUUUACCACGUUGGGAAGAACCAUUAGCUUGUACAUAUCAACAAUUAAAACAAUAUUGGUUAAAAACAAAUUCAAAGUAUGGGGUAGGUGAAUUGAAUUUAUUAUCUGGUGAAUUUGGUACUGGAAAAACUCUAUAUAUUGAUUUAAAAAAGAAACAAGUGGAACAAUCUCAAUUCAUUGCAUAUCGUUUAUCAAUUAGACCUGGUACAAAUUAUUCAGAUUUCUAUGGUUUAAUAAAUUCAUUAUUAUUGAAAAAACAACAAAGUAAUAACAAUACAAUUAGAGGUGUUUUACUUCAUAUAAAUCUUUCACCUUAUUGCAAUUAUUUAGAAUUUUAUACAUUUAUUUAUCCAUUAAUUACCUAUGGUUACAUUUAUGAUAAUGGUAAAAUUAUAAAUAUAAGUGAACAUUUAAAUAUUCAUAUCUUUUUAGAGAUUGGUACACAAUUAAAAGAAACAACAAAUGAUAAACCAGAAGAUGCAUUAUCAUUACUUUACAAUAUUUCUCAGGUGAUAAAUUAUGAAUUAGCAUGGAAUUAUGGUAUUCAAGAAAUGAAAUGUAUGUCUUAUUUAGGAGGAAAUGGUGGUGCUUUUCCAACGAAUCCAACAAUCAUUACAAACAAUCAAGUUAUACCUGGUAAUGUUUAUUAUGAUCAUGUAGUUUCAAUUUAUGGUGCUCAAAUUCCAUUCUUACGUGAUAAUCGUUAUAAACAAUGCCAAAAGAAUUUCUUUGCCUAUUUAAAUGAUAGACUAUUAUUUUUGGAUAAAUAUAUCAAUUACUAUAAAUAUUUGGCUCAAAUGGGAAUGAAAUUACAAGUUACACCAGAGAUUCUCUAUAAAUACUUUGUUGUUGAAUGUGUUAAAUUGGCAGAUCCAAUUAUAUGUUCAGUGAAAACACUUUGGCGUAAUCCACCAUUAAUUAUCUCAAGAUCAAUUUCAGUGAUAACCGAUGAUGCAAAUAGACCAUUUGAACAAACUCAAAUUGAUUUCAUUGAUUUUAGAGAGAAAACAGAUCUAUAUGACAAAGUACCAUCAUUACAUACGCUAGAGACUGCAUCGGCCAAUACUUCAAUGUUUUAUGCUACCAUCUCUCAAUCAUUUGGUAUUGUUUCACGUACUUUUAUCGUAUCAGAUUUAACCAAACAAUAUGGAUAUUGUUUGACACCAGAGUUUGCACUUCGUCUUUUAAUCAUUCAUGAAAAGAUUAAAAAUCAAAGAGCUAUUAUUUUAAAAGGUGAUACAGGUACUGGUAAAAGUUUUAGUUUCUUUUUCUAUGCUGCUAUCAUCAAUGCAAAGAUUGAUGAAUUACCAGAUAUUCUAUUUGAUUUAAAACAAUUUUUAAAUGCAAAAAUGAAACAAUUCCCAAAAGAAUUCACUGAAGAGCUAUUUGAUCCUGAAAUAGCUGAAAUGGUUCAAGUUGCUUCAAAAAUUUCAGAUAUCAAUGCAGAGGUUUCAAAUUUAUUAUUUCAAGAUAUAAGACAAUUCAUUCUAAAGGUCCUAGUUAAUCCAUUAAUUCAAAUUGGUGAAGGUUCAUUAUUAGAUUCUUUAAAAAAGAAUACAAGAACUAUUGAUUCAAAAGAAACUAUGGAACAAGCAAUCAAAGAUAUUGGCUCCAUUAAAUUUAAACGUCUUUUCCAAAGAUUAAUUAUGCAUGAAAAGUAUACAAGUGAUUUAUUCUUAAAAAAGAUGAAAGAAUUGGAAAAUACAGCAAAAGAUUUAUUAAACAUUAAUUCAUCAUUGAUUUUCGUAAUUUUCAUUGAUGAAUUUAAUACUGCUCCUAUCGAUACUUGUGCAAUCAUUACAGAGUUAUUCAUUGAUGGUACAUUGGAUGGUAAACAAUUGGCAUCAUCAAAUAUUCGUAUCAUUGGCGCAAUGAAUCCAAAGAUGAAAUCAUCAACCAAUGAUUCAAUCGAUUUCACUGGUCAAAUUUCAGCAUCAGGUAAUCAAGAUUUCAUUGUAAAAGAAACACCACAAUCAAUGGAACAAUUAUAUUUUGAUUUUGGUGAAUUUGAUGAUAGUGAACGUUCAUUCUUGUCAACAUUAUUUAAAAAGAAAACUAAAAUGCAACCACAUCAUUCCAAUCAACUUCAAGAGUGUAUCAUAUUGGGUCAAGAUUAUUUACGUCAAACUAAACAAAAUCGUACUCAUGUUAGUAUUAGAGAUAUCAUGAGAGCAAUCGAUCUCUAUAAUUUCUUUAUGGAAGAUCAAUGUGGUAAAUCAUUAGUAAAUUGUGGAGAAAUUAGAGAAUUAAAUUUUGAAGAUAGACAUUGGAUAUCAUUAAUCAUUUCAAUGUAUUUAACUUAUAUCAUUAGAAUGAUUCCUGGUAAAAAUAGACAAGGUAUAUUAGAAAUAUUUUCAAAUUAUUAUAAUGAUCAACGUGGCAAUAAUUUAGAUAAUGCUGGUGGUAGAAAUCCAUUCACUUAUAUAUUCCAUAAAAAGUAUUCAUCAUUGUGUCGUGAUUUCAUUCAAUUACCAGAUGGUAUUGCUAAAACUGAAUCAUUGAUGUUAAAUGUUUUCUGUACUAUCGUAUCGAUCAAUUGUAAUGUACCCUUAUUGGUUGUUGGUCCACCAGGUUGUUCAAAAACAAUUUCAUUUACAAUCGUUUUGGAUAAUAUUAAUUCACCAACACAAAAACAAAAACCAAAUUCACCAUUGGCUCAUAUUCCAAUGACAGAACCAUUCAGAUAUCAAUGUACUGAACAUAGUUCAGAUAUUGAAAUUCAAGUUAAAUUUGAACAAGCAAUUAAUCGUGAAAAAAUUAUGAAAGCAGAGAAAUAUAAAUCCGUGGUUUUCCUUGAUGAAGCUGGUUUAGUCGAUGAAAAUAAUUCACCAAUGAAAGUAUUACAUGACUAUUUAGAUAAGGUUGGAAAUAAAACUGGUGAAGCCAAAGAUAAUGUUGGUAUUGUAAUUCUAUCAAAUAAGAUUUUAGAUGCUGCCAAAACCAAUCGUAUGAUGAUUUUAAUUCAUCCAGAUAAAAUGACAGAGGAUGAUGAAAAAGCAUUGGUUGUAGGUUGUCUCUAUAAUAAUAGAAAUGAUCUCGAUGCUCAAGAACAGAAAAUUCGUGAUGCCCUAUGUAGAGCUUACAAAAGAGUUAAUGAAUUUUCAAUCAAUACUAAAGAGAAUCUAUUCCAUCAAAGAGAUUAUUGUUUCUUUUUAAGACAUCUUAAAAGAGAACUUGACCUUGAAAGACCUUUCCCAUUGGCAUUAUUGGAUUCAUUGGAAAGAAAUUUCAAAGGUAUUAAUAAUCAAGAUUUUAUUCAGUUGGCUCAAUUAUUCUUUAGAGAGCAAAACGUUGAUCCACCAGCAUCACUUUACACAAUAGAUAAUACAAUCGCAAACAUAAAGAGUUCAUUAGCUGAAGUUAUCAAACCAAAUCAAGAUCCAAGUUCAUUAACUUUCCGUUAUAUGAUGAUCGUUGAUCCUUCAGAGAAUGAAUCAUCCAUUUCAAUUCUAAAAGAGAUUGGUAUUGAAAAUUUAACAAUUGUUAGAGUUGGUGGUUUUGAAAAUGAUAGUUCAGAGGAAUCAUUGGUAGAAUGUGUUUCAACUAUUAAAUCAAUUAUGGAAACUGGUGGUACCGUUGUAUUGGUCAAUAGUGAAAAGAUUGAUUCAUGUUUCUAUGAAGUUUUCAAUAGAUACUUUAUUUUAACACCUUCUUCAGAACAUCGUGAUCGUUUACAAAUGGUUGCAAAUAUUAGUUUUGGUACUCAUUCAGUAUUUUGUACAGUUCAUCCAGACUUUAAAGUUAUCAUUCAUAUGCCAAUGUCAAGAUUAAAGAAUACUCAAUUACCUUGGUUAAAUAGAUUCGAAAAGUAUACAGUAUCAAUUGAUUUAUUAACUCAAGAAUUCAUUAGUAAGCAUCAAUCAAGUACCGAUCUAUUUAAUAACCUUGUGAAGUACUCCAAUCAUUUCGUUGAUACACUUCAUAAUAAAGCAAGUAAAAAAUCAUUAUUAGCUGGAUUUUCUUCAACUGAAACUUGUUCAAGUUUAAUUUAUCAAUUCUUUAAAAAUUAUGAUAUGGUUUCAACAACUACCAAUUCUAAAAAGAGAGAAUUUUAUAAAUUAUUAUCAAGUUCACCAACAUCGACAGCAACUUCAAUUAAAAAUGAACCACAAACAUUAUUCAAUUUUAAAUUAUUACAAAUUGCAAAACCAGAAUCAAUCAUUCGUAUUAAAGAUUCAAUUUAUCCAAUUAAUUAUUUAAAGGAAUAUUUUAUCAAUCAAGAACAUUUUAGUAUAGUUAGAUUUUUAAAGAAUUUAUUUACAACUAAAUAUUCAAUGAAUGAAUAUAUCUCAAAUAAAUGGGUAAUUUUCACUAGAACUUCUUUGUCAUUAACUUCCUUUAAAGAUGGUGAAGUUUUACUUGAAAUUUUAGGUGAUAAUUUAGUUAGAUCAAUUAUAAAUAAGAAAUUGGUUUCAAAAGAUGAUGAUGGUGAUAAUGAAAAUCUCGAUCAAAUAAUGUUAGAUAGUGUAAAUAAUAAUAAUAAUAAUAAUAAUAAUAAUAACAAUAAUAAUAAUGGUGGAAGUGAAAGUGAUUUUGACGAUUUUGAAUAUUUAAGUGAAUCAUUAGAAAUAUUCAAUAUUGAUAGAUCACCUUCAAAGAUUAAUCGUGGUAGUAAUAAAAAACCAAUUGAUGGAAAAUUCAUUAAAAUCAUUCAUUUAAAUUCAAUUCAAUCAAGUUUAGAAUGUUCAAAGAUUAUUGAAUCAUUUAAAAAUUCAAAACAAGAAAGAAUAUUAAUUGUAAUUGCAGAUAUGAUCAAUUGUAAUCAAAAUCAAGUGAAUUAUAUAUUUGAAUUAUUAUUGGAUAUGAAUGAAUCCAAAUCAUUGAUCACAAUUUAUCAUUACCCACCAGAAUACUCAUUAUCUCAACAAUCAUUAAAAUUAAAUUCAAUCUUUUUAAAUGAAAUCGAAUUCACUUAUAUCGAUUCGUUAGGUAUUAAAUUUGAAAAGGAUCAAGUUGAUAAACAUUAUGAAACUAUCAUUGAAGAAGAUAUUAGAGAUUGGAUUGCUGCAAGUUGUGGUGUUGAUACAACAACUAAUACCAAUGGUUUUUCAAAUGAUUAUUUCAAUAUAUUUAAUAAUACAAGUUAUCAUUAUGAUUUUAGAGAGAAUCAAAAACCAAUUAAUAAUAUUCUAAGAGAUAUGGUUAAGAAUCAAUUGAAAACCAUUUCAAAAGAUAUAAUUUGUAAACAGUUACCAAUGAUACCAAUUAGAACACCAAAUAAUAAUAACAACAAUAAUAACAAUAACAAUAAUAAUAAUAAUAAUAAUAGAGUUCAAAUUCAUCAAUUCUAUAAAGAUGCUUCAAUUAGACAAGAGGUUUUAAAUGAAAUUUUCACUACAAAUCCAGAAUGGUAUCAAAUUGUCAUUCAAAAUUUCACUGAUCAUUGGUUAGAUCAAAAGAUUUUCCAAAGAAUUUUAGUAAAUAUUUGUCAACGUAUUCUAUCAGGUAAAGAACAAAGUGCAUUCAUUGAUGCUAUUAAAUCUUCAAUUACAAACUAUCUUUAUCCUGUAACUUCAAAUAUUAUUAAAACAAUUUGUAAUUAUAAUUCAAUUCCAACAAUUUUACAAAUUAUAAAAAAUUAUAGAGAUGAUUUUGAAAAAGUUUCAAAUAAUAAUAACAAUAAUAAUAGAAAUAAAAAGAAAAGAAAUCUUAGAGAAUCAACAACUGAUGGAAUGAUUUUAAAUUCAAGUUUAGAAAAUUAUAAUUUAAUUAAACUUUUCAUUAAAACUUCAAAAUUACAAUAUAAUUUAUCAGAGAAUAUUGGUAUUGAAAGAAGAUUAGAACCAAUUCAUUUAUCUUUACCAAAGAUUACAACUAUUCCAUCAUCUCUACCAUUAUAUGAUUAUUUUGAAAGUCAAUUUAGUUUAAUUUUCGAUAAUAUCAUAUUGGAAUCUAAAAGUAAACAACCCAAGGUCGUAUACGGGGAAAUUUAUUCCUAUAUUAUCAAUCAUCCAAUUGAAGAGUUAAUUCAUUUCAUUGCAGGUAGUGACAAUCUUUUCGAACAAUAUAAACAUGAUUUCGUUGUUAGAACUAUGGGUAUAAGUUUAGAGACAAAAGAUUUAUUCAUUUCAAUCUUGGAUUCAUUAUUACCCUAUACAAUCGUCAAUCAAGAAGAUGAUAUUGAUCAGUCAACAAAUAAAACUAAAAAAAUUAAUGAAAAAGUAUUUACCAAUUCAAUGAAAAUAAUUCAAUAUUGGAUCAUUAAAGAAUUUAAAGUUGAAACAAUCGAUUUCCUAAAGAAUAUCAUCUCACCAUUACUUCAAUUAACAUAUAAAGAAUAUGCAUUACAAAGAUGUAAAGAAAUGAUAUUAAUUACUUUUAAAAACAAUCAAGAUGAUGAUGAUGAUAAUGAUGACGAUGAUGAAUUUUUUGAUGAUUAUUAUAAUGAUGGUUUUAAAAAUAAUAAUAAUAAUAGUAACAAUAACAAUAACAAUCAAAACAAUAAUGAAAAGAAAAAUAUUAAUUAUUAUGAUAUUAAAUUAAUUAAAACUAAAUUUUUAUAUUUAACAAUUGAAUUACUUUCACAAGAAAUUGAUCAAAUUUCAUUUAAUAUUAAACAAGGUGAUGAUCAAAAUAAGGAAAUCAUUGUAUGGGUUAAAAUAGUUAGAGAUCUUUUCAAUAGAAUUAAUGUUGAUGAAAUCUUUAUUACAACAGAUCCAAAUGAAAUUGAAGUUUUAGAAUUAUUAGCAUACAUUCAUUCAAUCUAUCAAUUAUUCGUAGAGAUUUUAUUCAACAAUUCCGAAUUACCAGAUGAAAAUAAGAAAAUUUUAAUUGGUGCAUUACCAAAUUUCCGUUGUUUAGAUUUAUUGAAAGUAAUGGAUAUCUAUUUCAAUCUUAUUGAUAAUGAAAUGAAAAUUGAACCAAAACCAUCAAAAAGUUUAAUUUUAGAAAUCAUCAAACCAUUAAUUCUAUUAAAUAAUGAUAAUCUUUAUUCUUUCUUAAAGAUUGUAAAUAAUGAUUAUACCAUACCAAAUUCAUUGAUAAAUUCAAUACCAAUUGGUUGGAGUUGUAUUAUAAUUAAAGAUAUUAUAACCAAUAAUAAUGGUAUCAUUAGAGAAGAAAAGAAAUUACAAUUAUUUGAUAUGAUUAAUCAAGGUAGCUUAAUUAAUAAAUCUUUAUUAAAAACUAUUCAUAGUGGUCCAUUAACUUAUAUUAACAAUGAAACAAUUGAACAAUUAUCAGUAUUGAUUCCACAAAAUCAUAAACUCAAAUUAGGAUUGGAUUUAUUGAGAAAACAAUUGUUACCAAAUCAACCAUUAAUUGAUAUUCUUUAUCAUAUUUCUUUUGAACAAUUUCAAUCUAAAGCAAAAUUAAAUCAAAUCAUAUCUUUAAUAUCAGAAUUCUUUAUAAAGUAUGGUAAAUUCUCAACAUUUGAAAUUGAUGAAGAUGAUAAUGAUAUCAAUGUAAACAUUUUCGAAAGAGUAUCAUUGAUAUCCUUGUCUUGUAUAUUCUUGGAACAUUUUGCAGAUUUAUUAAAUCAUAAUGAUUUAGAGACAACCUAUGGUUUAAUCAAUAAUAAAGAUAUUCAAAAUGUAUUAAGAAUGAUUCUAUCAAAUAAUAAGAAUGAUUCAACCAUUUUACAAUCAACCAUUUAUCAAGUUUAUUUGUUCACAAGAAUCAUUCAAGAAAAGAAGAUCCUAGAUUUAUUCCAAUCACCAGUGAUAUUGAAUUCAAUUGGUUUAUCACAAUAUCAAAUCAAUUUAUUAGUUACAAAAGAUCAAACUUUUCAUUUACCAUUUGUUUAUGAUGAUCAUUAUAAAUUAGAGAAUGAUACCUAUAUUCAUAUAAAACAAUUCAUUGAAUUAGCAGAUUUAAAUUCUUUGAAACAAUUGUUUGAAAUUAAUUCAAAAAUUCCAAAACAAAAAGGUUUAAUUAGAAUCAUUUUAUUCAUUUUAUCUUAUCAAUAUAUUUCAAAUGGUAAUGGUUUAAAAACUCAAGAGAAUCAAAAAUUCAUAAACUUUAUCAUUGCUAUCAUUGAUGAUGCUGUAAUUCAACAACAACUCGGUUUACUCAAUUAUUUAGAACAUUAUAAAAAGAUAUUAACAAGAAAAUUCGAUAGAAAUUUCAUAAUCGAUCAAAUUCUCUCCUCAAUUGAUCAAAGUCAAUUAAAGGUUGCAAAUGUUAUUAUAAAUUUCAUUGCAAUUUCAAUUGGUUCUGAAAAUACUCAUCUUAGUAAAUUUUCAAAAGCUAUUGUUGGUGCUGUUGAUCCUUUUAUGUUUAAUUUAGGUAAAUAUUUCCCAGGUUCAAGAGGUGGUCAAUUGGUUGAUUGCAAUGCAAAAUAUGAAACUUAUUAUGGUAAUAGUUUGGAUUUCUUUUCAAUUGUAGCUUCAACUUGGUCUGUAAUUUCAUUCACUGCCUCAAUGAGAAAAUAUACAUUCCAAGAUUAUAGAGCAAGUCAUUUCAUUAAUUUUCAAGAUUCUGCAAAUCCAUCCGAUUAUGUAUUAAAUAGAGCAUUGGUUUCAAUAACAGAGAUUGAAUUAAAUCCUGAUCUUAAAGGUUUAUUAUUAGAUCCAUGGAUGUAUAUUUCAAAUUAUACAAUGGCAAUUUGGUCAGAGUCAUUCCAUAAUCAAGGUGUAUUUUUAGAUAAUUUCCCAAAUGCACAACUAUCACAUGCAUAUGAAGUUAGAUUAAAUCAAAUUUUUGCUGCCGUUAAAAAUGAUGCCAACGCCUCUAAAAAUCGUUUCCUUGCAAAAACUGUUGCAUCAAGUCCACAAUUUGAUUCAUUGUUAAAGCUUAGAACUCUAUAUACUUUAAAUUAUAGCUCAUUAAUAAUUCCUCAUUUCACCAUUCAAACAUUGGUUACUGCAACUGAACAACAACAAUUCCUUAUUAUUAAAACCUUUAUCAAUGAAAUUAACAAACUUUGUAUCUCAAGUCACUUUAAAGUAUUGAUUCAAUUCCUUGAUACUUUUAAUCGUUUCACUGCAAAUUUAUUACCACCAGAUUUCAUUGACCAAUCAGUUACAAAAUGUAUUAAAUAUUUAAUUACCAAUAAAUAUGAAACCAUUCAAUCAGUUGCUCCAUUAAAGAAAGCUUUUGAAGAUUUGCUUAAUAUUUGGCCAGUUAUCAUUAAAAAUAUAGAGAUUGAAAUUUGUCCAAAUGCAUUACGUUCAGAAGCGAUCAUACCAUCAAUUGAAAAAAAAUCACGACUCAGUCAAAUGUUUUAUCAUGAUACUCAACCUGGUUGUAUCGUUCGUGUAAUCGAUCAAUGGUUAGCAAAUACUCAAAGUAAACUUUUACAACUCUCAAUGGAUAAAGGCAAUUUACCCGAAGAUAUCCUUGAAAUCAUUGAGAGUUUCACUAGAACUAAUAAUGAAAUCGAUAUUGGUGAUAUUCCAUCAACAAUUGGUAGUGAUAAUCUAUUAAUUGGUGCAAACUUUAAACCUGAAGAUUUCUAUCAUUAUUAUUCAUCUUGGAUCUCUAAAUACUUUGUACUUGAUAAAUCUAAAUUUGUAGGUUCUAUCGAUUGGUCAUUAAUUCAAAAUUCAAUCAUCUUACAAUAUCUCUAUGGUAAAGUAAUUAGAAAUCAAUUAAUUAGAUUUAAAACAGAUUUAAAAUUCAAAAAACAACCAACCAUUAAAAAAUCACAAGAACAAAAAGUUGAUAAUGAUAAUGAUGAUGACGAUGACGAUGAAGAUUAUGGUUUAACUGAAGUAGUUACUAAAGUUAAUGAAAAAUUAUUAGAUAAAAUUAAAAAACCAACUGUUGAACCAGAAUUUAUUAAAGAACUAAAUGAAUUAAUUGAAAAGAUUGAAACAUUUACAGGUUUUAAUAAUGAAAUAGAAGAAACUAUAAAGAUUAAAUUACGUUCAAGAUGUAAAUCAAAAUUAAAUAAUGAUCAAUUAGAAUCAUUUGGUAGAUAUUUAAUUCAAAUUUUACUUUUAAUUUCAAAACAAGAAAAUUUAGAUUUUAUUAAAACUUUAAAUUUAAAUCAAUUACAAUUUUCAAAUUUUAAAAAUAAUAAUAAUAAUAAUAAUAAUAAUAAUAAUAAUAAUAAUAAUAAUAAUAAUAAUAAUAAUAAUAAUAAUAAUAAUAAUAAUAAUAAUAAUAAUGAUAAUAAUAAUAAUAUUGAAUUAAUGAGUGAUGAUGUUUUUGAAUCAUUUAAAUUAGAUUUUGCUAUUAAAGAUUUAUUACCAGUUAUUAAUGUAAAUCAAGUAUUAUCACUAUGUGAUAUAUUUAUAAAUAGUUACCUUGGAUUUAGAUAUUAUUAUAGUUCAAUUAUUCCUGACCCAGUUCAACCAAACAAUGACUAUUUAAUUCAAUUUAAAUCAAUUUCAGAGAGUAUCUUAAAGGAUUGUGAAUUUGAUAUUCGAGAACGUUCAAUUCUUUGGAAAGAUUAUUUAGGUAAAAUCAUUCAAAAAGCAUCUUCUGAAGAUUCAAAGAGAAUUGCAAGAUCCAUUCAACCAGAUUUACCACUUUUACAUUUAAUUAAUAAAUUCCAAUUACGUGAUAUCAAAGAACCUUCAACCAAUUUAUCAAUCUUUACUUUUGUUUUACCAAGUAUGACUUCAAGUUAUUAUGCAACAUUUAUGGGUACACUUCAAGAAACUCUAACAGUUUUACACAUUCAAUUGGAUGAAAUUGGUGAAGUUACAAAUGAUAAAAAUAGUAGAUUUGGUAGUGGUGGUGGUGGUGGUUUAAUCAUUUUCAAAGAAUUAACAAUUGAUGAUUUAAAUGGCACUACUAAAAAGAAAUUUUUCAAUCCAAGAGCUUCAACCCCUUCACAAUCUCAAGAUAAUAGAUCCAUUAAUCCAAUGUUUAAAAAAGCUGAUCAAAAUUUGAAACUUAAAGAAUUAGUAUCAUACAAUAAUGAAUAUCUAACUAAAAAUGUUAAAGUUAUUAGUAAUGAUGGAAAUGAUAAAGAAGAGGAUGAAUCAUUAAUUAAAACUAUGUUAAUAUUAAAGGAUCAUACUAUCAAAACAUCAUCAUCAUCAUCGUCAAUACCAAUCUUUGCUACGAGUUUAUUAGAAUGGAUAAGAUUCAAUUUAAUUGAUUUAUUAAAUAUUGAAGAUGUUAAAUUCUCUUUCUCUUUAUAUACAGAGUUACAACAUUUCAAAUCGAUUUCAAGUAAAAAAUUAAAAGAACCAUUCAUAGUCGAUACUUUAUUUAAGGAAUUCAUUGAAGCAAAUGAUGAAUUAAUGGAAUUAUUAAAUUCAACUCCAUCUUCAUCCUUCUUAUCACCUUCAAAGAUUUUAGCUUUACUUUUACAAUCAAUUAAAAAAAUAUCAUCAUCCAUAUUCACUCCUCUCACUGGUAGUUGUCAACAUAUAUGUAAUGUUUGUAAGAAAUUAAUAAAACCAAAUCUUCAACAAUUUAUUUUGGACUUUACUGUAAACAUUGAUUCAAAUAAUAUCGAAGAGAAUAUUGCCAACACACUCUACUCUCAAAAUAAUUCAAUUGAGCAAUGUAAAAAUUGUAAUAAACAAGUUCAACGUAAAACAGUUUUAAUUAGCUCACCAUCUCAUCUUUUAGUUUCUGUAAAUAGAAUUAAAAAUGGUGAACCAACUUUCAAACCUAUCGAUUUCCCAAAAUUCAUUAAAAUUGGUAAUUCAUUUGAAAUUCAAAAUGAUGAUGGUAGUGGUGGUGAUGAUUUAACCUAUGUAUUAGAAUCUGUGCUAAUGUCAAAUGGAAAUCAUAGUUCAAUUCAUAUUAAUUCCUCAGAUGACAAUGAAAAUGCAAGCAUUAGAUGUUCAACCAAUGAUCCAGUAUCAUUCAUUAACAGAAGUGAAAAUUUAGAGGUUGAAAAAAGAACUUCAAUUUUAUUCAUUUACAAACAAUCAACUCUAAAACAAGAAAAAGAAGAUGAAGUUUUAGUUGAAAAUCAAAUGAAUAUUGACAAUAAUGAUUUCUCAAAUGAAGAUGCUAUUACUACCUCAACUACUACAACUACUACCACCACUACUACUUCUACUUCAGAAGAUGAACAACAAAAACAACAACAACAACAGCAACAACAACAACAACAACAACAACAACAACAACAAAAUGAAAUUGAUGAAACAAUGGAUGAGUCUCAAGAAACUGAACCUGAAAAUAUUAAAAUUAAAAUUGAUCCAACAAACUCUGCCAAAUUGACAAGAGUUGAGAUUGUUGAUAAUCCUGAAUUAAAUGACAGUUUUUUAUCUUGGUUUAUUAAUAUCCCACUUUCUCCUACUCAAAGAACUGCAAUUGCCAAAGUAUUUGAAGAAAAUUCAAUCUCAAAUUUCGAAACUGCUUUUUCAAUCACUGAAUAUGAAUGGAAAGAUUUAAUUAAAAAAGUAGGAGACAGGGCUCUUUUCUUGAGAUAUUUAGGUUAUUUUGAUUAA